AUCCAUAUUGAUAUUGCUGUGAACGCCCACCUCUUAUUCUCCCUCUCCCUCUCUCUGAUAAACCAUGACGCAACCAUCAACUCCAUCUUUCAAAGUUGUUCAAGUUUGUUCAGUAGCACCAUUACAAGGACCAACCCUUUCCACCACGCCAACCUCUCUGCCUCUAACCUUCUUUGAUCUCUUAUGGCUAAGGUUUCCACCUGUUGAGCGUCUCUUCUUCUACUCUUUCCCACACUCAUCUUCUUCUUUCUUUGAUUCUGUUCUUCCUGCUCUCAAACACUCUCUUUCACUCACUCUCCAACACUUUCUCCCUUUCGCUGGUAACAUCACAUGGCCACAUGAUUCUUCCAUACCCAUCAUCAACUAUUUUCCUGGUGAUGCUGUUUCCUUCACUGUUGCUGAGUCCAAUGCAAACUUCACCCAUCUUUGUUCCCAUCUUUGUGAAGCAGAAAAAAGACAACCCUUGAUACCCCAUUUGAAUACUUCUCAUGAACAAGCUUCUGUGUUAGCACUUCAAGUCACUGUGUUCCCAAAUUCCGGUUUUUGCAUUGGAAUAACCACACACCAUGCAGCUUUUGAUGGAAAAUCUUCAACUUUGUUUAUGAAAUCAUGGGCUUAUGCAUGCUCCAAUAACCUUGGAGAAUCAUCGUCUUUGUCAUUACCUCAACAUCUAACACCUUUCUUUGAUAGAUCAGUGAUAAAAGACCCUGAAGGAAUUAGCCAAGCCUAUGUGGAUGCAUGGAUGAAUCAUGGAGGAUCAAACAAUCGGAGUCUCAAGGUGUGGGAGUCCAUUAAUGCAACACCAAGUGAUGCAGUUAAAGGUUUGUUUGAAUUAACCCCUUCACAUAUUGAGAAGCUCAAGCAACAUGCAAAUUCUAAGAUGAAAACAAAGGUUAAGUUAUCAACGUUUUCAGUUACAUGUGCUUAUGUUUUAGCAUGUUUGGUCAAAGCAGAACAACCAAAGACAAAUCGUAUAGUGUUCAUAUUUAGUGUGGAUUGUAGAUCUCGUUUGGACCCUCCAAUUCCUGCCACGUAUUUUGGAAAUUGUGUUGGAGGCCAAAUGGUUGUGGCUGAGACAAAGGACUUAGUAGAAAAUGAUGGAUUUAUUACUACUUUGGAGGGGAUAAAUGAAGCCUUGAUUAGAGUGAAGGAUGGAGUGUUAAAUGGAGCAAAAGAUUUGGUUUCAAAUAUGCAAAAAGCAACCACGGACAGAAUAUUUUCUACUGCUGGAUCACCAUGGUUUGAGGUUUAUAGUACUGAUUUUGGAUGGGGGAGGCCAAAGAAGGUGGAUAUGGCUUCAAUAGACAGAACAGGAGCAUUUUCUCUUUCUGAAAGUAGGAAUAAUGAUGGAGGAAUUGAGAUUGGAUUGGUGUUAUGUAAACGGGAGAUGGAAGCUUUCAGUACCCUAUUUGUUCAAGGACUUGAAUCCUUUUAAAGUUUAAAACUUGACUAUUUUGAGGGAAGGAUAAUAAUUCCAUGAAUAUGUUUCAUGCUAUAGAGUGCUUUUCCUAGUUCCCAAGAGCAUAUAUUUUCAUAGUAUUUGCCAUUAAUAUCUUUAUAAACCUAUGCAAUACUUUUAGGCUGAAUAAGCAAAAAUUGUGAGUCUUAGUCUGGUAAUUAAUGUCACAAAAAAUUGUAUUAUCAUAUAUGGAAGCAUCUAGUGACUAUUCUUUACCAGUACCCUUAAUGUGCUGUGAAGUUAGCUUUUGCUGUUUAUAACGUUUCCAAUUGGGAUUACUUGAAUUAUUGUUUUUGGUCCGUUUUCAAUGUACUGUGAACGUUUGUCUUCUAUUUCAAUGGAAUGUUGACAGUGAAGGAAGGAGACAAAACACCAGUCCAAUCAUGUCGAUGCCCUUUUGUGGAAAAGAGUUUAGACUUUUUUGGUAAAUUGCAUGCUGUUUGGUUGAAGGAAAUGGUAAUUUUUUUAUAAUAUUUUCACCUUUAAUUUAAUAUUUUAGAAAGAAAAAGAAGGGACCCAAAUUUCUCUUUACUUAUUUCGCCUUUCCGUUCUUUAUGAUCAAAGAUUCCAAAUUGGAAUGAUCAAAGAAGAAUUUUCCGAGGUUAUGGAGACUUCAUGAAUGCUAUGGAUAUUGAAA